CACUCUGCGGGCUCCAUGCUACCAUUGUCUAACAAGAGAGCGGGCUAUUUGCAAACUAAAGGUAGCCCACUACCAGCGGUGGGCUGAUCCGCACUAGCAGCAGGGCUGCUUUUAACGUGACAUGAGCGGCUGAGACCAGCGGCUGUCUCCGUGUUGUUCCCUCCACACUGCUCCGGCUUGUCGGGGAGUCGGAUGCUGGAAGUCCUCGCCGAUCGGGGAGCACGUAGGGCUCGGACAGAAAGCAGAAGGGACGCGGAAGGAAGGAAGAAAAGAUAGAGGAUCGUUUUAAUACCAAAUCGGGACACAUGUUGAGCUAAGGGCCCGCUCCACCUCCCCUCCUUCUCCUCCCAAAUGCAUUUGUUGCCUCAAUCUCUUCCCCGUUACUAAUUACUCGGCGUUAGGAUAAAGCCAACGGGUCUUCCUCUUCGGCUCCGAGGGAUCCUCGCUCGCCGCUUUUAGGGGGACGAUCAUGGAUCUGAGUAAAAUUGCUGUCAGCAUCAAUAAGGCCAUCAACACACAGGAGGUCGCUGUCAAAGAGAAGCAUGCCAGGACUUGCAUCUUGGGGACCCAUCAUGAGAAAGGCGCCCACACCUUCUGGGCAGCGGUCAACCGGCUCCCUCUCUCCAGCAAUGCGGUGCUCUGCUGGAAGUUCUGCCAUGUCUUCCACAAGCUACUGCGAGACGGACACCCAAACGUGAUAAAGGACUCCAUGAGAAACAAGGCUGAUUUAACUGAUAUGAGCAGGAUGUGGGGUCACCUGAGUGAAGGCUAUGGGAAGCUGUGCAGCAUCUACCUCAAACUGCUCAUCACUAAAAUGGAGUUUCACAUCAAAAACCCUCGUUUCCCCGGCAACCUUCAAAUGUCAAACAGACAGCUGGACGAGGCAGGAGAGAAUGACGUCAACAACUUCUUCCAGCUGACCGUGGAGAUGUUUGACUACCUGGAGUGUGAGCUGAACCUUUUCCUGGGUGUGUUCAGCUCUCUGGACAUGUCUCGGUCGGUGUCGGUGACGGCGGCCGGUCAGUGUCGCCUGGCUCCCCUCAUCCAAGUCAUCCUGGACUGCAGCCAUCUGUAUGACUACACCGUCAAGCUGCUGUUUAAGCUGCACUCCUGCCUUCCAGCUGACACUCUCCAGGGCCACAGAGAUCGCUUCCAGGAACAGUUUAAAAAGCUAAAGAGUCUCUUCUAUCGCUCAAGUAACUUGCAGUAUUUCAAGAGGCUGAUUCAGAUCCCACAGUUGCCUGAGAACCCUCCAAACUUCCUGCGUGCGUCAGCUCUGUCAGAGCACAUCAGCCCCGUGGUCGUGAUCCCCGCCGAGUCGUCAUCCCCCGAGUCAGAGCACGUGGUGGAAACAGACGAUCUGGUGGACACAGACAUCCCCGCGCUGCCGGCUGCCGUGGAGACCAAGUUCGAUGACCUGUUUGGCACCUCGGCCGCUAUCGACCCCUUCAACUUCAACAGCCAGAACGGCAUGCGCAAAGAUGACAAAGACCGUCUGAUCGAGCAGCUGACGAGGGAGAUCCAGGCGCUCAAAGAAGAGCUGGAGUCUUUCAGGCUAGAGAGUGGUCGGUUGUGUCAGGCACUGAGGGGGCGUGUCAGUGAGCUGGAGGCGGAGCUCGCUGAGCAGAGCCACCUGAGGCUGCAGGCUGUAGGCGAGAGCGAGUUCCUGAAGGCGGAGCUGGACGACCUAAGGAGGGUCAGAGAGGACACGGAGAAGGAGCAGCGGAGCCUGACGGAGAUUGAGAAAAAAGCUCAGGCCAAUGAGCAGCGCUACACCAAACUGAAGGAGAAGUACACAGAGCUGGUUCAGAGUCAUGCCGACCUGCUGAGGAAGAAUGCAGAAGUGACCCGACAGAUGACAGUAGCUCGGGCCGCGCAGGAUGAAGUGGACGCAGUGAGGAAAGAGAUGCAAGAGAAGGUGAAGGCUGCUCAGGAGGUCGCAGACAGACAGGAGAGGGAUCAGCUAGAGCAGCUUCAGGAGCUACAGAGAGAGCUGGUGUCCAGCCGGACUGAGCUGGACUCCCUGAAAAUCACCAUGGCAUCAUCACAGCAGGCUUCAAGCGAGGUGCUCAGCACCCAGCUGGCUACCUUGGAGUCUGAGAAAGCCGAGCUGGUGCAGUCUUUGACGAAGGUGGAGGCAGAGCUGGUGGUCCAGGGGGAGGAGCUGCAGCGAGUCCAGAGCUCACUGGCCACUGAGCGGGAGAGUGGGGUGAAGACGGCAGAAACCCUGCAGAAUCAGCUCAAUGAGAAGGAGAGCAGGGAGCAGGCACUGGAGAGCCAGCUGGUGGCGGCUCGUUGGUCCAGUUUGCAUGGAGCAGUGGAGGAGGCAGAGAAGAUCAUCCAGGACUCUCUGGCUCAGAUUGAUGACCCGGCUCACAUCAGCUGCACCAGCUCCGCAGACUACCUUGCCUCCAGAUGCCAAGCCUCUUUAGACUGUAUGGACCGAUUACAUUCUGCCAGAGAGGCCUUCUUGAGUGACAGCACGGGCGUGUCUGAGCUGGUUCGAGUGGUGACCCAGUGUGGCCACCUGGUGGGAGACACCAUCGUUCAGGGUAGUGCCACCUCUCACAUGGUGCCUGUGGAGCAAGCUGAUGCCCUGUCGGAGAGUGUGAAGGCUUGUGGGGCUGAAGCUCUGGCUCUGCUGGGACAGAUGAAGCAGGAGGACAGUCUGAGCGCAGCGGACAACAGCAAGUUGAAGGCAGCUCUGGAGGCCAUCCUGGCUACUGCAGAGAAACUGCGUCCUCGGGGUUUGGAGCUACAGCAAGGGGAGCUGGGAGAUCUUGUGGAGCAGGAAAUGGCUGCCACUUCCGCUGCAGUGGAAUCAGCAGCUGCCAGGAUAGAGGAAAUGCUCAACAAGUCUCGAGCAGUUGAUACAGGAAUCAAGAUGGAGGUCAACGAGAGGAUCUUGGCCUCCUGCACAGAGCUGAUGCAGGCCAUCAAGGAGCUUGUCCUGUCUUCCAAAAAUCUGCAAAGGGACAUUGUGGAGAGCGGCAGGGGGGCAGCCUCAAUGAAGGAAUUUUAUGUCAAGAACUCCCGCUGGACUGAGGGCCUGAUCUCUGCCUCUAAAGCAGUGGGAUGGGGCGCCACAGUCAUGGUGGAUGCUGCAGACCUGGUGGUGCAGGGCAAAGGAAAGUUUGAGGAGCUGAUGGUGUGUUCACAUGAAAUAGCUGCCAGCACUGCACAGCUAGUGGCUGCUUCCAAGGUAAAAGCAGACAAAGACAGUGCCAACCUGCACCGUCUGCAGAACGCGUCCCGUGGGGUCACACAGGCCACUGCUGCUGUUGUGGCCUCCACCAAGUCUGGGAAAUCACAGAUUGAAGAGAAAGAUACAAUGGACUUCUCCAGCAUGACUCUCACCCAGAUCAAACGACAAGAGAUGGACGCACAGGUCCUUGUUCUAGAGCUGGAGACCCGUCUGCAGAAGGAGCGAGAACGUCUCGGCGAGCUGAGGAAGAAGCACUAUGAGCUGGCUGGUGUGGCAGAGGGCUGGGGCCAGGAAGAGGAGGGCACAGGAUGAGACCUGCCACUGCUGUCAAACCCCUCGUCCUCCACCUGAAGACUGGCUUCUGUCUGCCUCUUUCUAUUUAUAGACACACUUUUCAGUCUAUUGCUCCCUUGUUUUCUUUUUUCUUUUCUUUUUUCUUUUUUUUCACUUUUUGUUUGUAUGUUACCUAAGCCAAAUGAAAAGGUGCUUCUUUUCUAAACAUGCUUCUCCAACCCUAUCCAGAAGCUUCCAUAAAGGGUAUCACCAAGGGCUCAGUGGUGGUGGCCAUCGGAGGGAGGAACACAGGGAUGUAAUGUAAUUAUCGGAGCUUCAUGCCCCCCCUCCUUGCUUUCUCCUCCAGGAUUGUGUCAGUGCAGCACAGCAGUAUUUAUUGUCUUUGCUUUUCAUGGUUUUUAAUUGCGGCAAUUCCUCAAUGAGUCACAGCAGAGCACAAGAAGUUCUACCUGAGACAUCCUGGGAUGCUCUGCACACGGGCCAAGCUCUCAGCAGUAACAGUGGAGACCAGUGACUUGUCGCUGCCCAGAGUUCAUGUCUCUGUGUAACUUAGAUGGCAUGCAUGCUCUCCUGUCAAAGCACGUGUUUUGUUUUUUGUUUUCAUGAGCUUAUGAAGCUGUGGGAGCCGCUCUCCUCCUCCUCUUCCUCCAACUUUUCCUUAGUCUCGUCCUCUUCUUUUCUCACUGUGAGUUAUCACCUUAUUAAGUCCACGCCGCUUUACUGGCUGGCUCACUGGACUUUCUGCCUUUCACCUCCUCACCAUUGUAACGACCUUGACUGUUAACCUGUGCGAACCCCUUUUUUGCUUUUCUCUUUAUCUUAACCGAUGCUUUCACGGGAGCUCGUGAAGUAGUUGCAGAGCAGUAAAGUAGCACACAAAACAGUCUUCUCCCUGUGAGCUUUGAGACUGCCGUCUACCUCACGCUACGUCACCGGAGGCCGGAGGUAGCGGCGCAUCGUGGGGAAGUUUGAUGAGUAGUGAAGUGCUCCUCAAAACACUAACAGAAUGGUCUUAAUAUUUGUCAUUUCCUCUUUUAAUUCUUCUUCAACUGGGGAAGCAGGUAACAGGAAGCAGUUUUUAUAUACAGAAAAAGCCACAACACGGAUCUGAAAGGCAAAGUUAGUCCUGAAUCCAAGACUCUUUUACUGAUUGGUUUUGAUAUGACAGUGGUUGAGCAGAACUACAAACCUGUGGGGCUGAAAUCCACUCACAAACUAAACUGCCUGUCCCUGGACUCAUAGAGUUUCUGCCAGCAGCAGUGCAGGGCCGCCCGCUCAGUCACAAAAAAUCCAUAAAAGUCUGAAUAUUUGAAGUCCGACUUGAAGGAGAACUCAGAGCGGGAGUGUUCAGUGAUUUAGAUCCUGCCUCUUCAAACACACACAGGACCGACGGUUGACUGUCAUUUUCUGAAUCUUUCAAUAACCAACAGCCUGCGUUACCUGAACUGCUGUGGACUCUGAAGUGUGAGCCGCACAGUGUUUUCAAUAGCUUCCUCGAGACCAAGUAGCUGUGUAUAUAUGUAAACGACAAGCCGUCUGUUGUUAAAUAAUCACGUUCCUUUAAUCUCAAAGCUUCUGCAUCUCUCCAAGUAAUGAUUCAGUUUAAUUGAAUUAAGGAUACAAAAUGGUGCACACAAACACCACACGUGACUCAUGGGAGUCAUUGUUACUUUUUUCCCGAUGACUUUUGAUUAUUAUUUAACAGAAUUUCCUGCUGAGACUGAUGAACUGACAUUCAGCUUGUUGCCAGUGGACUGACCAUGCCUUUGUGGAAACCAUGAGAUAUUUUCAACCCAACAACCGUGGCUUUCUUUCUCUUUGUCUUAACGUACCCGGUUUUGGCGCUCCGCUUCAGCUGUGUAUCUCUAAAGAAAAGUUGCAACACUGGGUAUUUAACAGACGCUAGUUAAAUAGUAUUUGCCAAUAAUUCUUCCAUAUCCAGAGGGUUAUUUGGGGAAAAAGGAAGUUGUUAAAUACACUUUUUUUUGACACCAUCUAUCUGCUGCCCCAUCUCAGUUAAAGCAAGCAGCAAGUAUUAUUUGCAGUGCUGUUGUCUUCAGGUCUUGUUAUUUAAUGCUGAUUUUAGCUGUGUGCUGUCACUUAACACACAAUCUGGGCAAAGUGAUGUCAUUAGAAAUUUCAAUAUAAAACAAACAAAAAAAUACUAUAAAAGAAGGAUGAAAUGAGGGGUAUACCAAGUGUCUUGAAAGGUGACUUGAACGCACCUUGGGUGAUGCUUGGUUUUGGUUUUUGCCCAGAUCCUCUUUAUUAACCUUCCUUUGUCUCUUCUCUCUGUCUCUGUCUCUUUCGGGUUCGUGUCUGUAGUUGUACCAGCUCAGCCAGCCUUUCAAACUGCCUCAUGUUGUAGUUGGAGAGAAACAAAUACUCACAUAGCAACAUUGAAAUAUGUCUUUGUAUGAUAUACUAAAACUAUGUUGGUGGGUUUGAUUUUAUUUUUUCAGUUUUUAAAAUAAAUAUUUCAACUCAUUAAUACA